UACAAACAUCAAAGAGAAGCUCUUUACACAUUAUGAUUGCUCCGUUUGCUCUGUUCGCUCCGAUCGUAAUUUUGAUGCCUUCCUUUAUUUUAUAUUUAUGUUUUCUUUAAGAAUUUCAUGCUAGAUCUUUACGCACAAAACAAAACGAAGGUGUUCACAAGGUGGAGUAGAAUUACGUGAGAAAAGCUUUUUCCAUUAUCACACAGCUAUAAGUUUCAUAUUCAUGAAUAUAUUUUGGAUCGUGCUUUUUAGUUUACGUAAGCAUAGUGCAAAUUAGAGAGGAUUGUUUCAAAAGAUUAUAUUUUAUUUUACAGCUGUGCAGCACUGCUGUGGAUUAAAGUGUUAUACAUGUUAUUCUACGAAUUGUGGACAGAUUUACUCAUAUGGUGGUAACACAGUAUGCCAGACAGUAACAAGUUAUGGUAACACAAGUGCCAAUGGAUGUGUACUAGCAGCAACAACGGUCGCUGUCAUUGGUAGUACUUCAACAACAAGUUGUGGUACAACGGCACAAGUUACAAUUAUGCAAGGUGUUAUAAUUUAUUCAAAAUAUGAUUGUUGUUUUACAACUAAUUGUAAUCCAUGUCCAUCAAUUGGUUGUAUGAAUGCUAUGACUAAUAUAACUUGCGGAUCUUCUAAUAGUAGAUGUGCCAGUAUUUAUUCUAUUACCUA